GUUGAAGAGAAUGCGGUAAGCCUGUGGAACUGGGCUGUGACCAAACACAUGAGCUCUCUUGUCAAUGAUGAGCAAAGAGCUAAAUUACGGUUUGUUGCCUGCAGACUGCUGUGCCUUUGUGAAGGCAGCGACCCUCCAGAGGGAACUAUCCGAAGACAGAUUUUGAUGUCUAUGAAAACUGGGAAAGGAUGGAUAGAUGUUGGAAAAGCUGAUCUUGCUGAUGGAUUUCUGGAGACUGCCAUGAGCAAUAUAGAAAAACUGUAUGCAAAGUUACUUAAGGGGAGUGAUGGUGAAGCAGAUAUUCAUGUGCACAAAGCUGAUGUCGAGAGGAAUCUCUUCAAAGUACUCUCUUAUCAGGCUGAAUCAGCAGUGGCUCAAGGGGAUUUUCAGCGAGCGAUGAUGUGUGUGCAGCGCUGCAAGGAUAUGUUGAUGAAAUUGCCCAAAGAGACCUAUUACCUGUCAAUCCUCUGCUACAAUUUUGGUGUGGAAACCUAUGAAUGGAAGAGAUAUGAACAGAGCACGUUCUGGCUCAGCCAGAGUUAUGAUAUUGGGAAGAUGGACAUGAAAUAUUCUAUUGGCAAAGAAAUGCAGGCUAAAGUGCUGCGAUUGCUAGCUACAGCCUAUUUUGAGUGGGAUUGCAAUCUCUAUCUUGACAAGGCACUGAAAGCCAUAAGCUUGGCAAAUCAGGAGAAUUUGCAUCCAGCAGGUUUUUUUCUGAAAGUUAAAAUUCUUCUUAAAAGUGGAGCGUCAGAUGAAGAUAUCAACUCAGCUGUUGCAGAAUUCCUGCACCAUGAGAUGUCUUUAGACUUUUGUUUGAAUACUGCCAAACUGCUGCUGGAGCAUGGAAAGGAAUCAAUUGGAUUUUAUGUUCUGAAAUCUGUUACUGAACGAUUUACAUCUUCACCUGACCUUGGGAAAAUUACCCUGCUCCACAUUGAGUUCCUGUUGCAGAAUAAGAGGGAGCUGCUUGCUAAGCAAAAGGUUGAAGAAAUUAUUAUAGGUCAUUAUAGCGGGAAACAACUGUUGCCUGAAGCCUUGAACCGGCUGCACAUCAUCUUGUGGGACAGAGCUGCCAAACAUUAUGAGGUUUGGGACCAAACAGUUUUUGAUAUCGGUGAAAAUGAAGAUCUGCUAUUUCUAACCUCUUUG